GGUAUAUCGCCUCCAUGUUGUGAUCGUGUUUGCAACAAGGCACCGCCUAUGCAUAGACAGAAACGUCAGUAACAAACGUAUCCUGUUUCAUCAAUAAACAAUGUUAAAUACUAAUUAACUGCGUCGGAAACCGACUAAUUUUAAACGGCAAGUGCGUGUGUCUUUUUAUGGCGAUUGAAACUAAAACAAUGAAUCAGAAUACAGUUUUCCUGAGAUUAUGGAAAUAACCUCAAACUACGCCUAAACAUCGUUACAAAAGCGGAAUUAUCGCAUAAAUUGCCAUUAGAACAAUUUCUCCACUUGAACACAAUGAGGCCUAAUAAUCUUGCUGAUUUAAAACUUGCUGAGAAGCUGCUUAUCCUAAAUGAUAGGGGAUUUGGCAUGCUGACUCGUAUAUACAACAUCAAGAAAGCCUGUGGUGAUGCCAAGUCCAAGCCAAGUUUUUUAUCAGACAAAAAUCUGGAAUCAUCCAUUAAGGCUAUCACUAAGAAGUUUCCACUAAUUGAUGUGAAGAGUUUAUCACCACUGCAAUCUAUUAAGGCUGAAGUUAUUAAGUCCUUGUCACUGUAUUAUCACACUUUUGUGGACUUAUUGGAUUUCAAGGACAAAGUGACAGAGUUAUUGAUCACUAUUGCCAGUGUUAAAGUUAAGCUGGAUAUUACUUUGAACUAUGAACUCACUAAGAAUUACUUGGAUAUGGUAGUGACAUAUGUGUCCCUAAUGAUACUUUUGUCUAAAGUUGAAGAUAGGAAGGCAGUGUUAGGUUUAUUCAAUGCUGCCCAUGAGAUGAUGAAUGGAGAGCCAGAUAAAAGUUUUCCUAGAUUGGGUAGUAUGGUAAUGGAGUAUGAAAACCCAUUUAAGAAGUUGUCUGAAGAAUUUGUUCCAUAUGCUGAUAUCUUGAGAAGUGCAUUGGAAUCUUUACACAUGUACUACAUGAAUAGAAAUGUGCCAGCUGAUAAAUUGCGCAAUGAUUCUAAACUCAGUCUGGUGGCAAAUGCCAAGGACCUUCUCAAGCCAACAUUUUCAGAUCACAUUUCAUGUGAAUAUCUAAGCAUGGAAGUAAUGCACAAAUGGAUUAUUUUUGGCCUCGCGCUUUUGCCUCAGAAUAUUCAAGAAAAGAAUUAUCAUGACAUGUGGGUCGGCGCGUUGGAAAGUCUUUGGGUAAUUCCCUUAUUUCGUGAUGAAGUGAUUUACAUACAUCCAUAUAUUCAACAAUAUUUGGAAGGCGUGAAGGGAAUGAGCAAACGUCUGGCCGAAUUGAAAGAUUGUCAAAGUUCCGCUUUCCAGAAGGCCGGAUACAAGCAUCGCGAGAGAAGAAAAUAUUUACGGACCGCAUUAAAAGAACUUGGUUUGAUUCUGACGGACCAACCAGGCUUAUUAGGGCCAAAAGCGUUGGUGGUCUUCAUGGCGUUGAGUUAUGCAAGAGAUGAAGUGUUAUGGCUUCUCAGUCAUCACGACAGCCCGCCUCACCAAAAAGGAAAGGGGAAAUCGACGGAGGACUUGAUCGAUCGUCAACUGCCGGAGUUGUUGUUUCACAUGGAAGAGUUACGGGCAUUGGUUAGGAAGUACAGUCAGGUCAUGCAAAGAUAUUAUGUGCAAUAUUUAUACGGCUACGAUGCUCCGAUGUUGCACCAACUAAUGCAGAACAUGAAAGCGGCCGGAGAAGAAGAACACACGAUUUUAUCAUCGCUGUGUAACACCAUCGCCAAUGUAUCUUUGAAACAAGUCGAGGAUAAUGAAAUAUUUGAUUUUUUCCCGUUCCGUCUGGACUGGUUUCGCCUGCAAGCUUUUAUUUCUUCAACCGGUGCGCAGAUGAAACUUAUGGACAAUAUAGAAAUUGUCCGCUUCUUGGACGGAGUACAGUUUCACACGAGGAUGGUUGAUCAUCUGGAUGCCAUUACUACCGAAACUUCCGAUUUAUCUCUCUUUUGUUUCUACAGUCGCAAUUUUGAAGAGCAGUUCCACAUGUGUUUAGAGUUUCCUGCACAGAACCGCUUCAUCACUGCAUUUCCUUUAAUUUGCAGUCACUUUCAGAAUUGCACUCACGAGUUGUGCCCUGAGGAGCGCCACCAUAUUCGCGAACGUAGCCUCAGUGUUGUGAACGUCUUCCUGGAGGAAAUGGCAAAGGAAGCGAAGAAUAUCAUUACUGCCAUUUGCGACGAACAGUGCAAGAUGAGCGAUCGUCUUCUGCCGAAGAAUUGUGCCGUAUUACUCUCACAAAUGACUCGCAAGAAGAAGGAAAAAAAUAAGAAGAUAGUCAUCGAAAUUGAAAAACCCGGCGGUGAAAGUUAUCGAAAGACCCGAGAGAAUUUAACGACCAUGGAUAAGUUGCACAUGGCUCUCACUGAGCUUUGCUACGCGAUUAAUUAUUGCUCGACCAUUAACGUGUGGGAAUACACGUUUGCACCAAGGGAGUAUCUCUAUCAGCAUCUGGAAAAUCGCUUCUCGCAGGCGCUCGUUGGCAUGGUAAUGUAUAAACAAGAUACAAACGAAAUUGCAAAACCUAGCGAACUCCUUGCUUGCGUUCGUUCCUACAUGAAUGUUCUGCAAACUGUGGAAAAUUAUGUACACAUUGAUAUCACACGAGUUUUUAACAAUUGCCUUCUACAGCAAACCCAAACUUUAGAUUCGCACGGGGAGAAAACGAUUGCUGCCUUAUACACGCAGUGGUACAGCGAGGUUUUAUUACGACGAGUUAGCGCUGGCAAUAUUUGUUUCUCGAUGAAUCAACGUGCGUUUGUUAGUUUAACUGCCGACGGCGCGUUUCCGUUCAAUGCCGAAGAGUUUUCAGACAUUAACGAAUUGCGUGCAUUAUCUGAGUUGAUUGGACCGUAUGGUUUACGCCAACUAAGUGAAACUCUUAUGUGGCAUACUGCGAGUCAGGUUUUGGAAUUAAAGAAGCUUGCAGAGUUGAAUAAAGACGUUUUGAGUACCUUGCGAACCAAUUUCGAUAAGCCAGACGUUAUGAAGGAGAGUUUCAAGAAUUUGAAAAACGUCGACAACGUUUUGCAACGCAUGACGAUCAUUGGAGUGAUUUUAAGCUUUCGACAGCUUGCUCAGUCUGCAUUGACUGAUGUACUUGAAGAACGGAUUCCGUUUCUGUUAAGUUCCAUUUUGGACUUUCGCCAUCAUCUGCCGAGCGGGGAUCCCAUGAAGGUCGUCAGCGAGAUGACUUCUGCUGCUGGUCUGCCAUGUAAAGUCGAUCCCAUUCUCGUGAACGCUUUGAAGCUUCAACAGAAACCCGAUGCUGAGGGCGAGGAUCACUCUCUCGUGUGCUUAUUGAUGGUCUUCGUUGCCGUGUCGAUUCCACGACUUGCCAGAGCGGAAAAUUCAUUCUAUCGAGCUUCACUCGAAGGGCACUCGAAUAACAUUCAUUGCAUGGCACUUGCGAUUAAUAAUAUAUUUGGUGCAUUAUUCACGAUUUGCAAUCAAGGCGACAUCGAAGAUCGGAUGAAAGAAUUUUUAGCAUUGGCAUCCUCAAGUCUUUUACGAUUAGGGCAAGAAGUUGACCGAGAAGCGAUCAGAAAUCGCGAGUCUGUUUAUCUUCUUUUAGAUCAAAUUGUGCAGGAAUCACCAUUCCUUACUAUGGAUUUGCUGGAAUCUUGUUUUCCCUAUGCCCUCAUUCGAAACGCAUUCCAUGCGGUUUACAAGCAAGAACAAAACUUGGCAUGAAUUAUUCACGGUGCCAAUUUUAUUUGCGGUGCGUAAAACAAACGAUAAUGAAACGCUUUAUUAUGUUGACACUGAGGAGAAUUAUUUACGAGUAUGAUAAUGGUAUUUAAGGCUGAUUUUGAAUUGUCAUUCCUGUACGAAAUUUAACACAAACGAUAGUUAAGCUUCUUUAGAAUGUAUGAAAAGAAGAAUUGCUAUUUAUAUUAUUGUAGAUUUAGUGGAAUAAUUUUGAUGCAAGCCAAUUGAGUAUUUAUAUUUACAUUAUUUUUAAAUUUAAGUUUUGAUUUAUUGCAAUGAUAUAGAAGUAUGAUUUGGUUUCCAUAUUAUGACUCCCAAUGAUGGACGCUAUGUAUAUGAAUAAUGUUUAUUGAAUAAUCGAUAACGAAAUAAUAUUUAUGAAAAUGAGUGAGCUAUACAAACAUCAGGCGAUUUUAUAUGGUUUUUAUAUAGAUGUAUGGCGUAGAAAUAAACAUGUUUAAGGUAA